UUCACAAAGCAGAAUAAAUACAACCAAGACAACAUCAGGUAAUAUUCUUUAUACCGAGUCGCGUGCAUAAUGCUUUCAAUAACUUGCAAGUCAUCGUCUUUUCGUCACUAAUACCACACAUCCAUCAACUUUAAAGACUGUAAUUAGCUCCACUAAUCAAGUCGCUACCGUCACUGUCCAGCUGGGCACUUCCCGACCACCGCCACCACCACAGUGUGGAGGAGAGACAGGGAGACCGAGAGGGAGGCAGGGAGGGAGUGAGGGAAGUAUAAAAGCCGCGACACACAAUGUCGAGGGUUCAGUGUGACAUUCUGAGUCAGAUGAUUGUGUGGCUGUCCGUGUUCUAGAGCACCUGACCGCUGCCGCUCGCCCAUAGGCUGCGCCCUGUGUGCUCUGAAACUUUGGGUGCUCCCCGGCCACCAAGACUGACACUGAUUUGGACGAGGCAUUACUUUCUUACUCUUGAACAAGGAGACUGAUAUUGUGAAUGAAAGAGUUACGGUGACCAAUGAGUCACGCCAGUGACCUGUACAGUGAAGCAGUGAGACUGUGCCGGGGAAGUCCUGGCCACCUGUAGCGGACUCAAGUGUGCGGCAUGAAGGGAGCGAGGAAGUGUGGAGCAGCAUGACCAGCCACCCGCCUUCCCCCUCGUCCUCGUCCUCACCCUCCCCACCCUCCAUCUUUAGGCCCUGGCAGCCUUGCUCCUCGGCACUAGUCACUGCCUCAGCACAAGAUUCGCCCACCACCACAGCCGACAGUAGCAUUACUGCCGCGCCGCAUAGAGCAGGCGUGCAGCGUCUCCAGAAGCAGGUCACGUCCUCCGUCAACAAACGUCCCUACAAGAUGGCAAGAACCGAAGGGCCAGACUCGCCAGCAGCACCGCCUGAAGACAGCAAGUCGGAGGCGGCAUCCUCUCGUCUGCUGGGUCUCAAUCACCGCCUGGCGCACACUCCAAUCUUCCCGGGGCUUCCAGGUCUGGGCGGGCCCUUCGGCAGCUUUCCGGGAACCGGUCCCCUGGUCCCCCUCCUUGACGUGCUAGUGCCGGCGGCGGAAGUAGAACGGGUGUGUGCCCGACGGCCGCGCCCCAAGAGGUUUGGGUGUAAUCAGUGCGGCUCAGCCUUCAGCAACAAGGGUCAACUCAAGGGCCACCUUCGGAUCCACACGGGCGAGCGGCCCUUCGUCUGCGCUCACCAAGGUUGUCAGAAACGCUUCACCCGCAACGAGGAGCUGACCCGUCACCGCCGCAUCCACAGCGGGGCGCGGCCCUUCCCGUGCCCGCUGUGUGACAAACGUUUUGGCCGCAAGGACCACCUCAAGAAACACGUCAGAACACACCAGCGGCUGCCUCCGACCCCUGCUGUGCACCUGCCCCUGCCCCCGCCCCUGUCCCAUUGCCUGACGCCGCCCAUCAUGCCACCCUUGGCCACCACCCUGGCAGCAUCGCAGCCGCUCCUGUACCGCCUACAGCAGCUACAGCAGAUUCACUCCAUGCCGCAGCACUAACGACAAUCCGCGCCGCCUGUACAUACUGUUGAUUAUAUAUGUUGUUACGC